AUGUUUUCAUAUUUUUCAUAUAAAUUUUCUCAAAGAAUUAUUGGGAUGGUACAUAAUGAAAAAAGAAAAUCGAUAAUUCUUCUAGAAUAAAAUUGUGAAAAGGAGAUAAUCAUAUAUGAUAUUUUUCAAAUUGUUGGAAAUAAAAAGAAGGAGGAAACUCUGGACUACACAUUAAAUAUUACUUUUGAUGAUCAUGCUUCUAACCUCUCUUGGUAUCCAACUCAAGAUUGCUAAUAUGCUUUUGUUUUAGGAAAUUCAGAUGAUAAAAUUCAUUUUGGUUGUCUUAAAUGUAAAAUAAUAUUGCUUAAAUUGAAGAGUCAUUUUUCCUAAAUCCUAAAGUUUUAAAGAGUGUUAAAUUACAAACACAAGAGAUUAAAUUGA